ACUCUCUCUUCUCCUUCUCCUUCCCAUAAUCGCGAGCAGUUACCUACUUGCCUUCAUCACCAUCGCCUGAACCCUGGCUUCGUAACCGUGCAGACCACAACAAAUCGAACCAACGAUUCAUUUCUUACCUCCAUUUCGAGCUCAGGAAACGAUUGUUGCUCGGUAUUCAGGCAAGAUUGAAGGAUUUUGGGGUUCGGACAGCGUGAACAGAGAGAGAGUCGAAGUAGAAAUUCUGUAUUCAAUCAAUGGUACUGGAUCUGAUUUAAAUUCUGGGAGUAUUCUGGCAGCUUGUUAGGGCGGUAUUCUGCUGUAUUUGAAUCUGUUUACUGAAUUCUUCAGUCUGGAACAGAGUUUUGGAGGUUAAUUGCAAGUUUUAUUGGACUGUUUUUGAGCAGAUUUCUGGACUGUCUUUGCUGCUGCCAGUUUUACUGCAGAUUUUGGGACAGAUUCACUGGAUUGAUUUACUGCUAUUCUCUGCUGGUUUUAAAACUGAAUUGGUGCUGGGAUUGGAAGCUGUUUAGAGGUUGUUUAAAGCAGAAUUUCUGGCAGAUUUUGUGGUGAUUGUACAGCUUUGAAUUACUGCAGUUUUUCUGGGCUGUCUGUGGGUUAUAUUGGUGCAGAUUUCUGCAGUGUUUUGAGCAGUUUUUUGGGGAACAUAUCUGCUGUUUUGAGACAGAAAUGGGCUGCUUUUGAAACUGUUUUUCUGGGCAGUUUUCUGGGUUACAUUAUUGCAAUUUUCUGGACUGCUUUGGUGCUAUUUGCUGCAGUUUCUGGGCAGUGAAUACUAACUGAAUUUUGUGCAGUGGUCUGGACAGUUUUUGCUGGUGAUAGUGCAGGUUAUUCUGGAACUGUUUUGAGGCCUAUUUGUACUGUUUUUAGUGCUGAAAAUUGGCAGAUUUUGGAGCUGUUCCGGGCUUUGUUUUAGGCAGAUUUUCUGGGUCACUGCAGUGCAUUUUUUUGGGUGUUAGUGUGCACGGUAUUCUGACAAAUUUUGGACUCUGGUUUGCUGCUGAUUUUUACUGCUAUUUUGACUCUGCUGAAUUGAAAAUGGCUUCUAAGCGUGCUAGAAUUGUGGUGUCGGAGGAGGAUGAGCUGAAAGCUCCUCCCACCUUUGUGAAUGCGGAUGCCAAGGAGGACUUUGAUAAAUAUUGGAAGAAAAAAAGGGUUACGGUUGAGCGCCAGUGGAAGUUGGAUGACUUCCAAGGUAUAACAGUGGGGAAAUUUGACGCGUUGAAUUGGAAGCCCCGAAUUGUGGAAUUAGGGUGGAAGAAGCUUGUUGAGUUUUCGGGACCAUGCCACCAGAACUUAGUGAGGGAGUUCUUUGCAAACAUCUCCGAAUCAUCUCUCGAGGGGAAUGGCAGGAUGGUUUCCAUAGUGAGAGGGAAGGAAGUGGUCCUUACAUAUGGUAAGAUUAGGAGUUUCUUUAGUUUACCACCUUCUCCUCCGGGUUCAUGGUUUUCUUAUGAAGACGAAAGUGAGGAUUGGGAUGUGAUUAUGGAGAAAUUGUUUGUACUCGGAACUGUGUGGCAAAACCGAAACGUCCGGAAGGGCUUAUUGAAAUGGGAUUACGUGCCACUGCACGAAUCAUCAUGCUACAAUCUGUUCCCUCAAGGCAGGAGUGCAGGUGUGGGUAAGGACAGAGCACAGUUCCUCUAUGCCAUCAUUGUUGGGCGUCGGAUAGACAUGCCCCGCUUCAUCUUUUGCCACAUACACAAUUGCCAUUUGAAAUCAGGAGAUUCCCAGACUAGUAUCCCCUAUGGAGCAUUCUUGACAGAGAUGAUACGGAAGGCUGGGGUUAUAUCGACAGUGGACCUGGAAACGGCCACUAAUGUUUUAGGGCCGAUUGAUCAUAUCUGUAUGGGAAAGUCUUGGGCAGGUCGGUUGAGAGCCUCAGUACAGCGGCAGCCUCAGGAGCAGGAGGAGGAUGUAGAGCCGGGUGAGAGUUCAUCUGUAAGCCAGCCGAGUUUCCAGCAGAUUAUGGACAUGAUUCAGGGGCUCCGAACAGAUGUGGAUGCCAGGUUGCUUGGGAUUGAGCAAAGGCAAAAGCUUAUGUACUCUAGGCAGGAGUUGAUGCAGACCAGACAGGACGAGAUCUACAACAUGGUGCAGUUCCUAGUUUCCAGGCAUCCUGAUUGGCCACCACAGCCUCCUUCCUCAUCCUCUACACACCCACUACUCUUACCACCACCACCUGCAGAUGAUUAGGACUAUGUAUCAAUUUUUGGGAGUUUUGGCUAGAUUGACCUUUUACUUGAUUUAUUUGUUAUGUUUCUGCCUAAAACUAUAUUGUGUAGGUCCCAUGUUUGAACUUAACCUUGUAACUUGUUACCUAAUUUCAAAUUCUUCCCACUUUGUCCCAUA